AGGUUCAUGCCAUCCCAAACCAGUCUGUGAUUCUGUUAUUUUAUGAAAGGAAAAUCUUAAGUUUUCUGGCCUUGUGAAACCAGGAACCUGUCUGUUCUGUACUGCCCAGCUAGGCUCAUGCAGUGGCUUUCAACUCCCGAACUGCAGCCCCCUCACACCUUGCACUAGAGAGGCACAGAGCUGGAUAGAAAUGUCCUAAAGCUGAGUGAUGUACGCAGGUUUGCUUGUCUUGGCUCCCUUUGCAACAGCCGUGAGACAGUCCAUAGACUGCUUUCUUCCUGCCACUGGUGCUAGAGGAGACAUUUCCUCUCCCAGCAAGCUCAGCCAGUGGCGCGUCUGUGGGGUGGGUUUCCUGUCCUCCAUGCAGAAAGGCCACGGGUGUUUCUUAGUUUCUGCAGGGAGCUUGGUUUGUGAAUAUUCAUUUGUGUUGCUUCUUGCAGUUGAUGUAUUAGGGCAAACUGUGAAGCUGAAAAUCAGGAAAGCAAGUUUCACUGUUCAGAAGUAAUCUCUUCCCAACCAUAAAUUUUAUUGCAAUUCAGAGAAUAAAGUAAUUGCUUGCCAGAAGCACAGAAGCAACGAGAUGGUUGGAUGCUGUGAGCUGGAGAGGUUUUUUCUUGUUCACUGAGUUUGCCUGUGAUGCACAUGGAGAUGGAGAUGUUUCCAACAUCCUGCAUUAUUGUGCAUAUUCAGUGCCACUGCAGAUAAGGCUGGCAGCUCCAACACACUUCUGCUCAUGCUUCCAUUUCCUGAAUGUUUCAUUCCUUGGUAGUUGAAAGUGUCACACUCCUUUAGAGGUUAUUAAAAUGUUGGAGGCAGGUUUGUAAUGCAGGUGUUAAACAAUCCCCAUGGAGGAAUCAAAAUGCAGCAUGUUUAUAGACGUUGCAGAUUUUGUGAUGGAUGCAGCCCUCACAUGGCAAACAUCUGGAAGUCAACUAAUGCCCAGCAUUUCAGUGCUAAAUAGGUGUUAAGUUAGUCUCCUUUCGGAUCUAGGGCAAACAGGGAGGGUAGGCAAGGUCAGAAUCCAGUUUAGACUUUGUGCUGAGAAGUUGAAGUGAGAGCUGCUGUGGCAGCAGUGCAGCAAUCUCAGCCCUUUCACCUGGUCUUACCAAGACUGAUGGAGCUUUGGGAGCAGCUUGUUGAGGCUGGAAGCAGCCAUAAUUCAGUGAGGGUUUGUUCUCAACAGCCCUUCCUUUCUGACAAAUGUGUGCUGCAUGGCACAAACUGGUUUUGGAGAAAGAUAGUGCUUGCUCCUCUGGAGCCAGGUCUGGGUUGAGAGGCAUGAGCUGCUUGUGCAUCUUGCAGAGGAAAUGGAUGCCUUCUGUCUGCCAUAUUUUUGGUUGGAUAAAUAAGGUGUUUUGUACUUCUGUGAAUGUGAAACAACAGUGCAGACUGUAUGGUGAGGCCUCCAGUGCCGGUGGGAGCUGUUGCUAACACGUCUGACAGGAUGGGUGACUCGGGACUCUGGAGAAGGCAGUGAAUGUCCAGUGUGUUGUGAGCAGGAUUGCUGUUAUAUGUGUAACUGUUAAUUUCUUUGUGAACCUGUUUCUUCUGUAACUAGGCUGUUCUUUGGAGUUUAUUGUGUUUAAUUUGGCUCUCUGAAUCGAGGAGAUAGAAGUGAGAUUUGAGAUGUGGGGCCCAUUCAGUGCUUCUUUGGAUGCCUCUGAAGGGGAAAAGGAGUUACCAGGAUUGAAAAAGAAGAGUUUCCGAAGUCAAAAUAAUAAAGCUUCCAGCACUAAGGCUCCUUCACCAACCAAGCGUAAGGACAGGUCUGAAGAGAAAUCAAAGGACCGGUCCAAGGAUAAAGCAGCCACUAAGGAAUCGGGUGAAAAGGAUCGUGGUCGGGACAAGACACGCAAAAGACGCAGUGCUUCCAGUGGGAGCAGCAGUACCAGAUCCCGUUCCAGCUCAACUUCCAGCUCAGGGUCCAGUUCCAGCACUGGUUCUAGCAGUGGCUCAAGUUCCUCUUCUGCCUCGAGCCGCUCUGGGAGCUCCAGCACCUCACGCAGUUCCAGUUCCAGCAGCUCUUCUGGAUCUCCCAGUCCCUCUCGACGGAGACAUGACAACAGGAGACGAUCCCGCUCCAAGUCCAAACCACCCAAGAGAGAUGAAAAGGAGCGCAAGAGGCGGAGCCCAUCACCCAGACCCACAAAAGUGCAUGUUGGAAGGCUCACUAGAAACGUGACCAAGGAUCACAUCAUGGAAAUUUUUUCCACUUAUGGAAAGAUUAAAAUGAUUGACAUGCCAGUUGACAGGCUAAACCCACACCUUUCCAAAGGUUAUGCUUAUGUGGAGUUUGAGAACCCAGAUGAUGCUGAGAAAGCCCUGAAACACAUGGAUGGAGGCCAGAUUGACGGUCAGGAAAUCACGGCCACAGCUGUGCUGGCCCCACGGCCUCGGCCGCCUCCCCGACGCUUCAGCCCCCCCAGGAGGAUGCUGCCACCGCCGCCCAUGUGGCGCAGGUCCCCCCCUCGCAUGAGGAGGAGGUCCCGGUCUCCUCGGCGCAGAUCCCCUGUUCGCCGGCGAUCCCGAUCCAGGUCUCCCGGACGAAGGCGCCAUCGCAGCCGCUCCAGCUCAAACUCCUCAAGAUAAAGCAAAAGGACUGGACAGCUUUUUACUUUUUAACUUAAAUCCCAUCAGAUGGAAUAUUGUACCUUUUUUUUAUAAUGAGUCUGGGUGAGGAGGAGUGAGAGAUAAUCCUGGCAGUGAAGGCAACGUAAGAGGAGAGAGCACCAGUUCCUGGCCAGUAACCUUUGCUGUGAGGCUUCUGGAUUCCUGGCAUUGAAUUGAAAUUAUUUAAAAAUGGCUUUGAUUUUAAAGGCUGUAAAAACAUCUUUUCCAGAUAGAGGGAAGGAAAGAUGUUUCAGCCUCUCUUUCUCCAGUUAGCAGCUGCUGCUUGGUGAUUGUAAACGCUUAGCACGCUGUACAGACCAGCAUGUGAAUCUUGUUCUAGUUAGAACCCCAAUGAGUAAGACAGUGAGCCACAUACCUUGAUCUCCACGUGCCAGCACAGGAUUUUUCAGGGCAGCUGGAGCCCAGACCUGCCUGAGACUUAAUUCAGUACAGAAUUGUUGCUUUAUUCCAGUUCCCCAUGAUGAUUAGUUUCUGCAGAGUAAGCUCUUCUUUAAUGCUUGCACCAGGCAAUAACCACAGAAACAACGGUCCAGCCCAGUGAAUAUGACACUAUAGAGAAGAAGCUGGAAAUCCUAAGAAGUGUUCUGUAGCUGCCCCCAUAAGUGAUUUCUUUCACCUUUUCAUUGAGGGUGUUGGUAAAAACUUCCUACUCAACCCACAGUGAAAACAGUGUGAGUGCUUUUACAAAUCCCAAAUGAGCGACUGAGCACCAAUCCGCUGGAAACUGCAAGGCAGAGAGGGAGACUUGAAGCCACGAUGCUGGCUGGAUUAACUGGCGCUCACACAGGGAAAGGCAAAGAAUUUACCACCUGUUGUACAGUCAAUACUAUACAGAUUUUUUUUGUUUUGUAUAACUUUGUAUCCUUUUGGGCCAUGUUGUGUUUGUACUUGUGUACGACAAGCAGUUACUGAAUAAAGCAGUAGGGUUGAGAAUA